AUGAUUGUCAAAUCAUCCCUCCUGCUGCUAAGCGCGGCUUUGGCCUUCGCCGACCAAACCCCGAUCGGCGUCAGUUCAGUAUGCCUGUCCUCCGAUACACCUAACGACUGCUGUACCGGUGGGGCGCCCAAUCCCUCUGGAGAGGUGAAAAUUGAUGACCGUACCUUCAAGUUCACUUGCGGAUCGACCUUGCUGUCCCUCAAUUCCCGCAAAGCCCACACGGUCAGCAAUGCCCAUGAGUGUGCAUCACUCUGUGCAAAUGACUUGUCCUGUGAAUCAUCGUCCUUCAAGGCACACGGCAAGACACCCCGCGGGAACUGCUUCUUCGUCUUAGGAGACAACCUGGACCAAAAGCCCGAUGGAGACUGGAUUACCUUCACGGAAGUAUUUCCAUCCUGUUUGGAGUCAGAUGACCGCAACGCAUGCUGCUCUGAUCCGGCAAAGCAAGAAGAUGAAGUCUUGAUUGAUAAUGCCCGUUGGAAAUGGACCUGCAAGUCCAUCCUAAAUACCCUCAAUCUGAAGAGCAGACCGGCGGCCAAUGCUCUCGAGUGUGCCUCGCUCUGCGCAUCAGAGGGCUGUGAGGCAAUUUCCUUCCGAACCCAAGGCGAUAACCAAAGGGGAAACUGCUUCUUCGCCUUAGGAAGCAAUAAGGAUCAGCAGCCGGCGCCCAAGUUCCUGUCAUUGGUUAAAGUCGAGAAGGACCCCCCGAUUCCCCCGACCCCUGAACCAGAAUGCGAAGAGUGCGUCAAAGAGAAGGACGAGUGCAUUCAGGAUAAGAAGGAGUGCAACGAUAAAAUGGACACCUGCAAAGAUGACCUAGAGCAAACUGAGCAUAAGCUCGAAAUGUGCCAAAACAACCAAGUCGACCAAGGGAAGUUGACGCAAUGCGAAGCCGACAAGUCGGUACUCCAAAAAGCCGAAGAGGACUGCCGCCGGCACUCUGCUGAAGUUGAAGAGAAAAAGAAACAGUGCCGUGAGGAGCAACAUACGUGUGAAAUAGAGAAGGGCAACCUCAACAUGCAGAAGCAGCAGUGCGAGAACGACAAGAACCAGUUGAACAUGGAUCUUACCCACAAAGAUGAUGAGAUCGCCGCACUCAAUUCGCAGAUCGUAACCCUCAACGGCAGGAUUGACGCGCUUCAGCAGUCGUACAAUUCUCUUAAUGUCGCUUGCAAUGGAGAAGGCCCUGAUGGAAAGUGCCGAACGAACCUUUUUGACGCCGAGCCUCGCGACGAUCAAUGCAUUAUCACCGCUGGGAACGAGAAAUUCAAGAUUCACUACGCUAAGCUUGAUGACCCGGGACCAGCGGACUUGGGUACCGGUAGGGCGAACUCUUUCAAAGACUGCGCCGAGAAGUGCGCAAACUACAAGGGCGCUAAGAAGUGUGUGCGAUUCAUGUGGAAAACAGACGGCAAAGACAGGGCCUGUUAUAUGCGAUCUACUGGAAUGGGCGUGGUCCCCACCAAGUCGUCGCUAUUCAGUUCUGGGCAGCUCCUUUAA